CAUGGUGAGGAGAGCGCCUUUGAAACCGGGACGAGUGCUGCUGAUUUUGAGUGAUCUUGGGAUUUUCGACGUUCAUGUAUUUUGUAACGGAAAGGGAGACAGCAGCGUGAACGAUAAUAAUGCUUGACAAGGUUGAGGACGAGAAUUCGCCCCCUGCCCUGGGUGGAUGUGUGGGCGGCUGUCUGGGUGGUUGCGUGGGCGGGUGCAGCGGAGGCGACAGCAGUGACCUCGACCUUGGCGACGACCUCUCCGACGACACGCGAGACUCAACCUCCGACGACGACCACGGCGACGACCCCUCCGGCGGCGCGAACCUCUCCGGCGGGAACCAGAGUCGCCGCUUCCUCACUUGGCGUCGGUCCCAAGCGUCCACGUGCGACGGCAACGAAGCGAGCGACGGCGGCGUGGUCCUCGAGGUCGGCCUUGGGGAAGCGAACGAGGAGCGAGGUGUCGUGGGGCACCAUCGCAACAUCAGGAAGGUCUUCACCAACACGCGGGAGCGCUGGAGGCAGCAGAACGUGAGCGGAGCCUUCGCCGAGCUGCGCCGCCUCGUGCCCACGCACCCGCCCGACAAGAAGCUCUCGAAGAACGAGAUCCUCAGACUCGCUAUAAAAUACAUCAAUCUUCUCAACUCUGUUCUCGAGUGGCAGCGUCGGCAGGAUGACGCGUUUUAUCCCCCGCACGACCAGGAUAAUUGCAACAACAACACCAGCAACAGCAACAACAACACCAGGCGAAACGGGACUGUGCUGAGCAGCGGGAACGGCCAGCGCGGGUCUCCGCUCUCCCCGCGCGAGGCCUGCAUCGCAGCAUCGACAACCUCCCUCCGCUACCGCCACCACCUCCACCGACCUUCCUCCCCGCAAUCUAGAUACAGUUUACCGGUCAGUCUAUCGUUACACGUGAAAUGCACAGAGGAACCUGAAAAGAGCCGAUACAAUCUGGAAAAAAACAGGUAUGUAUAUCUUCGCCCCCUCCACUUACUUACACACCUGCAGGACCGUCAGAGAUUGCGAAAGGGAACUACGAAAAUACGAAAGAAAUACGAGAGAUAA